UGUUUUGCUCGGGCAGUGCAUCAGCCGCCUCCGAUCAGUCUCCUCUACGUCGCGUUAAAUCCGUCACUAUCACGUAAAAUCUGUCGUUAAAGCUAUUUUACCACUUAGGUUUUUACGCAUCUUUUGUCAAACAUCGUAAAAAAAUGAGUGACAACGAGAAAGAGUUCAGGGAGCAGGACUCUCGGCCCGGCUCGAGGAGUGCAUCCCCUCGGGGCUCUGCCAAAUCCACCAGCCACUCGCCAGCACGCUCCAAAGACGGCUCCCACCGAUCCAGGUCCAGGUCUCGUUCGCGAUCUAGAUCCAAAUCUAGGUCCCGGUCCCACCGAAGCUCACGCAGGCACUACUCCCGCUCUCGUUCCCGCUCUCGCAGACGCGGUUCCAGGAGCAGAUCUCGUAGCGGGGAGUACCGUCACCGAGGGAGCCAUAGCCGAUCCCCCAUGUCAAACCGACGCAGACACAUUGGUAACCGGGCCAACCCAGAUCCCAACAGCUGUCUGGGUGUGUUUGGAUUGAGCCUCUACACCACUGAGAGGGAUCUGAGGGAUGUUUUCUCUAAAUAUGGCCCCUUGAGUGACGUCAACAUUGUGUACGACCAACAGUCGCGUCGUUCGCGAGGCUUUGCCUUUGUCUACUUUGAGAAUCGUGAAGACUCCAAUGAGGCGAAGGAGCGUGCUAAUGGAAUGGAGCUUGAUGGACGCAGGAUCCGAGUGGACUUCUCCAUCACAAAACGGGCCCACACCCCCACCCCUGGUAUCUACAUGGGGCGUCCCACAUAUGGUGGUGGCGGCGGUGGUGGUGGCGGUGGCGGCAGCGGCAGCAGCAGCAGUGGUGGUUCGUCGCGGCGAGUCUCGAGGGAUUGUGACAGGGGCUACGACAGAGGCUAUGAUAGAGGGUACGACCGUGACUAUGAUCGUUAUGAAGACAGAGAGUAUAGAUCAUACAGGCGCAGAUCUCCAUCUCCUUAUUACAGCAGGGGGUACCGCUCUCGAUCCCGAUCCCGGUCCUACUCACCUCGUCACUACUGAGCUGCAUGAGAAGAGUCGACAGAUUUAAUGUUAUGGCUUGUUUCUUUUUAUGUUUUUUUUCUUGUUGUUUAUCUACCUGAUUAUUCAUGUUAUCGAAUGCUCGAGUUGCUUUUGUAUUAAAGGUGAAAUAGAGUUGUCCGGAAAUGCAGCCUGUGAGAGAACCACAGCUUUUGUGAUGAUUUAAUCUUGUUGGAAGAAACAAUGAAAAAGGUGUUUUAAAAUUUAUCAUGAGUGAAAAUUGCAAUGCUCCAGAUCUGCGUCAAAUACUUUGACUUUUCAUUCUUAUAAAAUGUUCUGAUGUCAGUUUUUAGACAUCCUUAUUGCUAAUGAACAAAUAGAAAAUAAGCUAAGUUUUGGCUUGUUUAUGAUUGAUUGGCUCGAGUCGACAGACUUACCUUCUUACAUUAGAAGAAUUUUUGGUGGAAGUUAAAUCACAAGUUUUAAUUUAAUGUUUGUAUGUAGCUGAAAGUAGUUUGAUCAGUGAUGUGUUUUAAACACAAAUUUUCUCUCUUUAUAAUGAAACUAUUUGGGGAGGAGUGUAAAUAUUA